UUUAAAGAGUUUCUGAAGCUAAUGUUAUUUGUAGCCUAUUUCAUUAGCCAUGGAUGGCCUGGAUCUGUAUUUUGAAAAUGGAUAUGGACAGAACCAAGAGGAAUACAAUCUGAACCUACCUGCCUGCCUGUAUGCAAUGGGCGCAGAGCAGAACACCUUUCACAGACCUUCCUUCAGUUGUUAUGACAAUCGGAACCAAAGGGAUUUAAUGCCUAACGAGAUGCCUCCCUGUCAGAGUUCUAGUUCUGAGCAGGAACACCAAGAAUAUCUCCCAAAUGGAUUCAGCACUGUGCCAGACUCCAAAGGGCAAUUCCAGUUCCCAUGGAUGAGAAGUGCAAGAUCUCAUUCAUACUUAGUGAGCCCUCCCUGUACAGGUAAUAUUUAUCAAUCGGAGGAGGAUGAAAAUAAAAGGACUCGUACUGCAUAUAGCAGAGCACAACUGUUAGAACUUGAGAAGGAAUUUCAUUUUAACAAAUACAUCUCCAGGCCCCGAAGGAUUGAGCUGGCUGCAAUGUUAAACCUCACCGAAAGACAUAUCAAAAUUUGGUUCCAGAACCGACGAAUGAAGUGGAAAAAAGAAGAAACAAAGAGAGACAAAGAGGUUUCUUUAGACAAAAGUAAAAAGUAUGUAUCUAACAGCAAGGAAUCUGAAGACACUUCAAGUGACACUGAUUUUAGAAAAGUUUAAAAACUGUGUGUGCACAGGCAUUUUAGGUGACUAGUAUCCUCAAUGGGUUAUCGAGUAUCCAGUAGCCUUCUAACUAGCACUUAGAUUUAUAAGUUGAAAACCCUGAAGUUACCUAUCCACAACUCGCCGAUACCCUGCUCGAUUAUCUAAACUGUGCAGAUCUUAACGCCACCCUGAAAUGCAGAAACAUGUUUUUUUUGUCUGUUUUUUUUUUCAUUGUUCUAUGUGCUGAUGUUAAUAAGGCAAGGGGUGUCACUUCAGGUGGAAAACGCCAAUGCGAUUAUAGAUCGAAAAUCUACCUAAAACAGUUAAAACGACGCCACGGUUGGAAUUAUUAUUUUUUUUUUCUGUUAAACCAGGAGACUAAACUAAACUAACAGAAUAGCUUUACUGCAAUAUCCUGGGAAACAAUGAACAAUGUUUUAUUUGUUUUUUGUUGUUGUUUUUGUUUUUAUGUGUAUGUUGCAAUGGCAACGCACACACACGCACACACACGCACACUCACAUGCACAUCGCCAGUUAAUCCUGAAAUUGUAUCUAACAGGAUUACAACAUGAACGUUUAAAGAAUAUAUAAAUAAAAUAUUUACAGAUACCAAAAUAUGUGUUCUUAU